AGGUCAUUACCCAGCUUUUAGAGGUGAUGGACCAUCUGCAUAGAGGGGAAUCAGUUGCUGCAAUUCUCCGUAACCGAUCCAUGGUUCUCAAAGUCCGUCAUCCAAGAAUAUUUCUGCAAGACAGAAAACUCUGUAAACCACUCAUCUCAUCCUGCUCUGGGCCACCUUACCUAGGCCAGAAGAAUGGAGAAGAGCACUGCUAGGCACAAGAUGACACGAUGACACUAUUUUCAAUGGAAUUCACAUCUCCUGGUGUCAGUCUUUGCCUCACCCCACCUCUGCUCUGAAGAUGAACACACUGUUACUGUUUGGUUUACUGUCACUAAGCUCGAGAUUCAUGAGGUUCUGAUCUUCGUAUCUGAUCAGGAGUUAAGAUAUGAAAUAUAAAUAGUUCAACCAGGCUGACUACAAUUUCCUAUCAAGGGAAGGUGUGCAGCGCAUAGAUUUUGAAUGCAUAAAGCUCGUUUCUGCUGUUGGGAGCUACAGCUGUGAGGUGCGAUACCAGGCAGAUGCACUGGGGUGCGCUACUGUGUAGCAGAGCUUAGCUGUGCAUCACAGCUCUCAACUUUAAAACUCCAGAGAAUUUGAUGAGAGAGGGAGCCACAAGAACAUGACAAAUGAUGAGAGUUCAAACCUUAAGAGAAAAAUGGGCUUAUUGGAGACGGAGGCAAUUAUCUUUAAAACAAGCCGAUUUCAAGGAUAUAUUCAAAAAAUCAACUUCAGGAUCUCUAGUGGAAGAGGAAGACCAGCACAUGAAAUUGUCCCUUGGAAGCAGCGAAAUGGGCCUCUCAUCCCAUUUGCAGUCUUCCAAGGCAGGAACCACACGCAUCUUUACCAGCAAUACCCACAGUUCUGUGGUGUUACAGGGAUUUGACCAACUCCGACUUGAAGGAUUGCUCUGUGAUGUGACCUUGAUGCCAGGGGACACAGAUGAUGCUUUCCCCGUGCACAGAGUCAUGAUGGCCUCUGCUAGUGAUUACUUCAAGGCCAUGUUCACAGGUGGAAUGAAAGAACAAGAUUUGAUGUGCAUUAAGCUUCAUGGCGUGAGCAAAGUCGGUUUAAGGAAAAUUAUUGAUUUCAUUUACACCGCAAAGCUUUCUCUUAAUAUGGACAACCUUCAAGACACACUGGAAGCUGCCAGUUUUCUCCAGAUUCUACCGGUUUUGGACUUCUGCAAAGUAUUUCUCAUAUCUGGGGUCACUUUAGACAAUUGUGUUGAAGUCGGGCGGAUUGCCAACACCUACAACCUGACUGAAGUGGAUAAAUACGUUAACAGUUUCGUCUUGAAGAAUUUUCCUGCAUUGCUGAGCACCGGGGAGUUUCUGAAACUCCCUUUCGAACGCCUUGCCUUCGUGCUUUCCAGUAAUAGCCUUAAGCACUGCACUGAACUUGAGCUCUUUAAGGCUACCUGUCGCUGGCUUCGCCUGGAAGAGCCUCGGAUGGACUUUGCUGCAAAAUUAAUGAAAAACAUACGAUUUCCGCUGAUGACACCACAGGAGCUCAUUAACUACGUGCAAACCGUGGAUUUCAUGAGAACUGACAAUACUUGUGUGAAUCUCCUUUUGGAAGCCAGCAAUUACCAAAUGAUGCCAUACAUGCAGCCGGUGAUGCAGUCAGACAGGACUGCCAUUCGGUCUGACACCACGCAUUUGGUUACACUAGGAGGAGUGCUGAGGCAGCAGCUGGUUGUCAGCAAGGAAUUGCGCAUGUAUGAUGAGAAGGCCCACGAAUGGAAAUCCUUAGCCCCCAUGGAUGCCCCGAGGUACCAGCAUGGCAUCGCCGUCAUUGGCAAUUUCCUCUACGUCGUCGGUGGACAGAGUAAUUAUGACACAAAAGGAAAAACGGCAGUUGAUACCGUCUUCAGAUUUGAUCCUCGAUACAAUAAGUGGAUGCAAGUUGCAUCUUUAAAUGAAAAGCGCACCUUCUUCCACCUAAGUGCCCUCAAAGGAUACCUGUAUGCGGUUGGUGGGCGGAAUGCAGCUGGUGAACUGCCUACAGUAGAAUGUUACAAUCCAAGGACCAAUGAAUGGACCUAUGUUGCCAAAAUGAGUGAGCCCCAUUAUGGUCAUGCUGGAACUGUGUAUGGAGGUGUAAUGUAUAUUUCAGGAGGAAUUACUCAUGACACUUUCCAAAAGGAGCUCAUGUGCUUUGACCCCGAUACUGACAAGUGGAUCCAGAAGGCGCCGAUGACCACUGUCAGAGGUCUGCAUUGCAUGUGUACAGUGGGAGAAAGGCUCUAUGUCAUCGGUGGCAAUCACUUCAGAGGAACAAGUGAUUAUGAUGAUGUCCUAAGCUGUGAAUACUACUCACCUAUCCUUGACCAGUGGACCCCAAUUGCUGCCAUGUUAAGAGGGCAGAGUGAUGUAGGGGUCGCUGUCUUUGAAAACAAAAUCUACGUCGUUGGUGGGUAUUCGUGGAAUAAUCGUUGUAUGGUAGAGAUAGUGCAGAAAUAUGAUCCAGAUAAAGAUGAAUGGCAUAAGGUUUUUGAUCUCCCAGAGUCCCUAGGUGGCAUCCGAGCUUGCACGCUCACGGUUUUUCCACCUGAAGAAACCACACCAUCACCUUCUAGAGAGUCCCCUCUUUCUGCUCCUUAAGAUCAUCCCUACAACUUAGAUGCUGUAGUCCUAUCUUUGCAAUGUGUCAUGAAUUCUCUUCUUUUGCCCCCUCCCCCCUUAAGUAGUGUAUGUUAGGAUUAGCCUCCAGUAAUUGAUAACAAUAUUGGGGGAAAAAAAAGACGACAUUGAUGUUAUUUGUGCUGUUCGUUUGGCUUAGAGUGUUUAUAAAGUGGUAACAAAACCAUUCUGAAAAUGUAUCCCAUCGAAGCUGAUGUUUAACAUACGAGAAAACAACUACAACAACAAAAAACCAAGGUAUUGUCUGUCAGAUGUUUCUUCAGUACUUUUCUGACGCUGUGUGCUGGGUGUAAGGUAUUUGUCAUCUUACAUUAGAAAGCCCAAUAAACCAAGUUGAAGGUGGAUUAUAGUAAAUGUGCAACUGUGCUAACUAGGCUUCAAAGUCAAAAGUUUUCUUUUCAUCUUGGACUGUGGGAUGUCAAAGGGAGGCAGCCUGCUCCAACAGAAAACACUAGAUAAAAGGUUGCCAACUCGCAUGAGCUACCUCCCUCUUUUCAUGAAGUAUUUUUGACACGUCUGUCAACCCACCUGUCACUGGGGGUGCAUUGAGAACAUAUAAAGUUUCUUAGACACACAGGAGAAAUAAGAAUUGAAAUUCACCAAUAUUAAUUUAAAAAAAAAAAACAGCAUGACCCCUCUACUUGUAGACAAGGGUUUGGGGUUUUUUAAGUGUGUAUAAAUACAUACACACAUAUAUCAAAUGGAAAAUUUUAAAAGUUGAGUAGCACGUCAAAUAUAUACGAAAAAAAGAUUUUAAAUUUCUUCCAAAAAGCAGCUGCCAUUAAAAAUGGGAAUUCAGUAUGCACAUACUGAGUGCAUGUAUGUAGAAUCAUACUGAAUUUAGGUGGGUAAGGGCUAGAAAUUUUGAGCCACUAAAUUUGUCAUUUGACCAAAUGUUUCCUUCCAAAACUGUAAUCUAGACCUUCUCCUUUGCUGUUGAGAUAACUUACAUAUUAUAUGUAUUCUGUAUACUCAGUUCAUAAGAUUAUUUAGCACAACGUAUCGCAGUUUCACCCAGUGAGCUGCUUUUGCUCAGUGAAUUCAACUUCCAUGUUUUAUCUUUUUUUGUUCAAUAAAAAACAUUUAAUGUC